AUGGACCAGCAGCACAUCAAAGUGGAGCGGUUUCUUAAACUGGGAUACUCUCACAGUGACAUCGUGAGGGUGCUGGAGAGCCUCCGCCACGACGCCCAGACUAAUGACAUCCUGGAGGAGCUGAUAAAAACCUGCCACACUCGCACCCACAGCGACUCCAGCAGCCCCAGCAGCCCCCAGCUAGUGCCCCGAGGCUGCAGCCCUGGCCCCAACAGAUCCAGAGCCGGACCGGAGCGAGACGCCACAGGUCUGAGGCCACAUGCCGGCUUCAGACCUGUGGUGAUAGAUGGAAGCAACGUGGCCAUGAGCCAUGGCGACAAGAAGAUGUUUUCGUGUCAGGGCCUCCAGCUGGCGGUGAACUGGUUCUGGGACAAAGGACUGCGUGACAUCACGGUGUUUGUUCCCCUGUGGAGGAAGGAGCAGCCGCGGCCUGAAGCACCAAUCACAGAUCAACAUAUUCUACAUGAACUGGAGAGAAGGAAAAUCCUGGUGUACACACCCUCCCGCUUUGUCAACGGGAAACGGGUUGUGUGUUAUGACGACCGGUACAUCAUUAGGCUGGCAGUCGAUUUGGACGGUAUUAUUGUUUCCAACGACAACUACCGCGAUCUGCAGAUGGAGAAUUCUCAGUGGAAGAGGUUUAUCGAGGAGAGACUCCUCAUGUACACGUUUGCCAAUGACAAGUUCAUGCCUCCAGAUGAUCCUCUUGGUAGAAAUGGCCCCACUAUUGAUGACUUUCUGAGGAAAAAGCCAUGGACCCCAGACAGCAGACAGCAGCACUGUCCAUACGGAAAGAAAUGCACCUAUGGCUUAAAGUGCAAGUUCUACCAUCCGGAGAGGGUCAACCAGUCACAGCUGUCGGUAGCUGAUGAACUGAGGGCUCUCGGAGACAGAGCCAAAAACCUGUCACCUGCUGCAUGUCCUCAGGAGCACAGAUACACGUCGUCCACCCCCCCACCUCCCAGCAGAGAGGAUCCGUCUCACAGAGCCGUACCCACUGAUCGUUUCACAUGUCAGAAAGCCCAAACCAACACAAGUAACCAUUACUACCCAAGCUCGGACAGAGACGAGGCCUUCAGCUCCAUGGAGAGCUCCAUGUCUCAGCUCUACAUACAAGAUGUACCCUACAGCAUGGAGCCCCCCCUGACCAGCCACAGCAGCGGGCUGGGUAGCUACCUGGUGUCUGGAUCACAUGGUGGGAACAGCCUGAGAGCCUGUCAGAGUGGACCAGCUUAUUACUCCCAUCAGAGCGGGUCCUGUGAGUGCAAGUGUGGUCACCAGAAGAGCCGGGCCCCUGCUAACCACCACCACCCUGCAUGGAGCUCCUGCCCCGCUGUGCCUCCAUAUACCAGGGACCAAGCAAGUCAUUUCACAGAGAAGCAGCACUUCAGACCGCCUGCUGACAGACACAGCUUGUCCCUGGACCCGUGGGUUCAGGGCAGCCUUCCUGGCACCAACCUGGGGUGCCAGAACAAGAGCCUGUCGUACGACCAAAGAAAAAAUCUAAGGAGCCAGCUGAGCACCCUGUACCCACAGAGCAUGGUGGAGCAAGUCCUGAAUGAAAACCCAGACACCACAGACAUGCUGGAACUGAUCCAGCUCCUUCAGAGCUACAGAACCAGCAACAUCUUCUAAACACACACUUUUGGCUCAAACUGAGCCCACAUUGGAUUUCUCA